GUUUGGCUCCCUUCUGGUGUGCUCCGAGCACAGCGACGACGCUGAAUAACUACCCUCUUGCUUCCCUCAGUAUUCUUCUCCGGUUGGACUGUCGGGGGCUCCUUCCUUUUUUGGCCGACCCCGGAGAAAUAAAGCGCCUCCAGAGUGGCCGGCGCCACCAGCUGCGCUUCUUUGCUUUCUUCUUCCGUCGACUCCCUGGCUGAAAUUCAGAGGAAGCCGCAGGAGAGGCAGGCCCCAAAGCAGCGCCCCUUCGGAAAUCUGUAGUGAGGGGCGGCUUGGCCUCUUGAGCUUCAUCUUUUGCUUACAGCAUUUGGAUACGAGUGUGACCCCCCCCCCCCAAACCCCGCUUUAAAGAAGCUCUUGUCCGUCGUGUGUCUUCCACCAGUAUUGCUUAGAAUAUAUCGGCUUCUUCGCUCUGAUUUGUUUCCACGUUUUUAAAUUGAGAGUAUCUCCCCACCCCGCCGCCGCCAAUAUCAUCUUAAGCUUCCUCAGAAGGCUUAAGCGGAUGAAUGGAUGGAAAGGGCCAAGCAUUUAGAAUUUCUGAAUUGCCUCUUCAUGUGAUUAUAAUCCAUUUUGACACUUGUAUGGAAUAACAUGCAUUUAUGCACACGAUAAGCAUAAAUAUUUUAUUCAGGAGAAUUUUUGAAGAUAAUAAUUUUUAGGGCUGAAAAUGUUCCUAAAACGGGUUUUGCCUUAUUGGAACUAUUUAUCCUCUGUGCCCAUUUUGGUCCUGUUUAACUGUUAUGCUCUCCUAGCUAGUGCAGAUAAUACUAACCAAGCAUAUUAUACAGCGCUCAUAAAUGUGACAGUACUGAAUCCUGAUCGAUCAGCACCUACUUUGCUAAUACUUGAGCGUGGACGCUAUGGGCAGGAUUCUCCCAAAAUAGCUGUUAAAGGCCUUCUUCUGGCACCUUUGCCAAUCAAUGGAGUUGCAGAUCGUUUAGGCUGUGAUCCACGAACACGGUUUCAAGUUCCUCCAAAUACCAAACAAUGGAUCGCUCUGCUGCAGCGAGGAAAUUGCACCUUUAGACAAAAAAUACUGCGGGCAGCUUUACAAAAUGCUUCAGCUGUGGUAAUUUACAACAAUGUAUCCGGUGAAGAGCCUGUCACUAUGACUCAUCAAGGAACUGGAGACAUUGUCACUGUCAUGAUCACAGAAUUGAAGGUUAAGGAGAUCCUGAAUUACUUAGAAAAAAAUAUGUCUGUCCUGAUUGCAAUAGCAGUUGGAACCCGCUAUCAAAACAAAAACUUUAGCCGUAGCUCUCUCGUCUUCGUAUCGAUAUCAUUUAUAGUUUUGAUGAUAAUUUCUUCAGCCUGGCUAAUAUUUUAUUUCAUCCAGAAGAUCAGAUAUACAAGUGCACGUGAUCGAAAUCAGCGUCGUCUUGGAGAUGCUGCCAAGAAAGCUGUUGGUAAACUGACAACAAGGACUGUGAAGAAAGGUGAUAAGGAAACAGAUCCAGACUUUGAUCAUUGUGCUGUCUGUAUUGAAAGUUACAAGCAGAAUGAUGUUGUCCGCAUUUUGCCAUGCAAGCAUGUUUUCCACAAAACCUGUGUGGAUCCAUGGCUCAGUGAACACUGCACCUGCCCGAUGUGUAAACUCAAUAUUUUGAAGGCCCUGGGAAUUGUGACAAAUGUGCCAUGUGCCGACAAUAUGGCCUUUGACAUGGAAAGGCUUACCAGAGGCCAACUAGGCAACAGAAGAUCAGUACUUGGUGAUCUUAGCAGUGACAGCUCACUUACCCUUGAGCCUCUGCGUACAUCUGGGAUUUCACAAUUUCCACAGGAUGGGGAGCUAACUCCAAGGACAGGAGAGAUCAACAUUGCUGUAACUAGUGGCCAUUUUUUUCACCGCAAUUCUCUCUCUCCUCGGAGCCUGGUUUAUGAGAACGACUUCUCUUCCAUCGAGCCUGUCUUGGACAUGUAUGAUGAGAACAAGACCUGAAGGGGAUCUGCAUUCUUCUUGCUUUGCUCUCUUUCCCUUUUCCUUUUCCGUUUCUCAUUCCUAUUGUUGUGUACUCCUUCCAUGGGUGUCCUUUGUCUGAAGAAGAGCUGCCUUUUCCAGAACAUGUGCCUGGCUGCCAGGCUGCAAAGGUGAAGCUCAGCUGAGGCAAUAUCUGAGGAUGACGUCUGUGAACGGAUGAAGUAGGUGCACAAAGUCGGCUGUUGGAGGUUGCCGAGUGACAAAGUUGUCAUUAGCUGUGAUGGUGUCAGUAUGCCAGAGGUUUUGCCCUACUCAGUUUUAAUUUUACACAACAGUCACCUCUCUUGAGUAGGCACAUGGUAUGUCUCUUUUAAAAAAAAUAUAUCACAGUGUUUGCCAGCUUAGUUGCCUGAUGGAGGAGGUGGUAGGCUAACUGCCCGAAGCACUCCAGUUACUCUUCAUUCUCUCAUUAAUCUUACAUCGAACAUCCCCGUUCCAAAGGGAUCUGUGAGAAAUGUAUUAACAUUCCAGCUUGCCAUUUAACAGGCUGAUGGCAAAAGAAACCAACAUUACAGCAGCAUUACAGCCUUCAACAUCUAUACAAGAUUUGGGGGAUUUUUCACACUUCAUUGCUGAGGCUAAAUAUGGACAAAAGCUACUUCGAAAGAAUGCAAAAAAUAAAAUAAAAAAACCACAGCCAUUUUUCCAGCCUUCCUACUGAAGGAAUCUCUGACUUAAAAGAUGCUGCUGAAAUUUAUAAACCCAAUAUUUGGCCUUUAGAUUAUUAAGACUUCUUAAGAAGAAUCCAGGAAUCAAAAAUAGGUUAUUGCUUGGUUUUAAAAGAUGUGUGCUUUUUCACUCUAAUUUUUUAAAAGCCAGUUACGUUGAUGUUGUAUACUAAAGGAACUGGAAGCUUCUUUCCUACACGUUUUUACCUGAGAUAACUGUUAAUUGUGAAGCAACAGUUUUCUGAAGAUACGCUUGUUCCAGAGGACAUCAAUACUAUGAACAAAGCAAGGAGGAAAAAUGGCAGCUGCUUUGACAUCGAGGAACAAAUCAAUUUUUACUAGAAUAGGACUGAAAUAGUAGGAAAUAAACUUCCUAACUGAUGCAAAAAUGGACAGCUAAAAGAACAAAGGAUAUAAUUUUUUAAAAGCAAUUUACAGUGUUGCUUAAGCAAACAACAACAACCAGAUCUGAACUAUGAAAUUGUGUAUCUAAAGUAGCUUUUCUUACUGAGGAUGCUACAUAAAACAUUAACAAUUGACAAAUGUCAUUCUUUUUCCAUUGCAAAUCUGAGCUCUGUAGAGAUAGAAAUGGUAUCCUUGUAGUGAGAACACAAGCUUAAUUCCCUUAUGAAUCUUGAUCGUUGGAGUAACUGAAAACCAAAAGAAAAGGUAAGGACUGUUGUGUGGGUGUCUUGUUGCAUUUUGACAGCUUAAGCUGUAAGCAGGCAGGCGAAAAACGUCUUGUUUUUUCCCUACACAAACUGGGCUGUCACAAGAUCUUUCCAGCCCUGGAAUGUAGCAAUGCUGAAACUUUAAUGCAAAGACUUGAAGUUAGCUCUGUGAAGCUAAGUGAUUCUUUGUUAG